AUGUCACGGUCGUCGCUGGGAACAUUUGAGGACGAGGACGCACAGCUGGCGGUUGGCAGCGACGUGGACGACCACGACGUCUGGGCAAGCACCGGUGCGUGGACGGCAAGUGACCAUGACCAAGCCCUCGCCACGAGCACAUCCUCCUCAUACAGAAGCGAUGCACCCCAGCGCCGCCGACAACCACGGGAGCGGUCAGGCCCCACAUACGAGACGCGUUUGACAAGCUUCCGACGACAGCCGAGGUACGACGACCAAGCCAACUCCAGCGUCGACGAGGACACCAGCGAGGUUGACGCGCCGCGCGUGCUGGACUUGCUGUCGCACAGCGCCGACCACUUGUCGUUCGACGCACACGGCCCACCCAGCGACCACAACAACAGUGAGUACGAAGACGGUGAGCGGUACAACCAUCGACACACGUCCUCCAUCAACACAACAAACAACAAGGGCACCUCCAAUAACCAUGACAGCGAAGACGAGGAGAACUGCGCUGGCCGGGAUGAGGGCGACGAACACGACGACGACACCGGUAGUGACAAUGACGAUUACGACGAUGAUGACGACUACGACAACAGUGACGACUAUGACAGUGGCCGUCAAGCAUACGGCUAUGGGCAACGAGACACACACCCAGCCAAAGACACGGAGGAAGAGGACGACAGCAUUGUUUUCGACGACGCCGACAGCUUCGGCAGUUCCGAAGAGCAGUGGUUUGAGCCGUCCGAGGCAGGGCCCAGCCCGGCACCUGGUAGCCACACAGCACACGCUGAUGGCGAUAGCGAGCAGGAUGACAGUGGAGACUCUGUGUUCACGUCGCAGAGCAGUGAAGGCCGCGACCAAACACGAGGUGGAGAAGACACACGGGCAAGCAGGGAGCACUCGCAAGGCAGUGAGCAGAGCGCGGGGGCUGUGGGCACAACGCCGUCAUCGUCAUCACCGACACCAACAGCAACAGCAACAGCAACAGCGCGGUCGUCGACCCAAGGGCAAGGCGAUGGGGAUGACAUGGCACCCGUGGAGUUUGACGUGUGCUGCAUCUCGAGCGAGGAAGAGGGGGAGGAGCAACUUGGAGAAGACGCAAGAUCGGCGAACAGUGGCGAUCAGCAGCAGCAGCAGCGGUUGUUGUUGCAGCAAGAGAACGGCACGAGUGAGAAGAGUGUUGAAGGAGAAGACGAGGGAGAGCAGACACAGAAGAAGAAGCAGAAGAAAGAAGGCCAGCGUGUCUGGACGGAAGAGGAGGUGUGGAAGUCGCACGUGGAGGAGAUGGACGCCACCAUCAACAAGCAGCUGAUCCUGUACACGCCCGCGGCCACAUCCAUCACGUUGUACCUGGCCACCCUCAUGGCGCCCGUGUGCACGUCGACUGGUGACCCGCCAGCGUACAUUAUUCUUCGCUUGCUCGUCUACACCGUCUCCUGCUGCUUAUACAUCAUCGCGGACGUGUACGACGAGUUUGACGAGGCAGAUGCGUACCUGCACCAGACCAGGCCGUACCCCAUUGUCAUCAUGCAGUAUGUGAUUGCGCUCUUGGCGAUGAUCGACACUGUAAUGCGUGUCAUUGUCAACGCAUCGCCAGGCACCCCGCUUCGCAUGCACCUCUACGACUGGUUCAACGUGCUGUGCUUUGUGCCGCUCCUCGUUGCUGUCUGCACCACGUGGCACAACGUCUACUCCCCAACGUUCCUGCACUGCUGGGCAGCCCGCCAGUCACUCAGGCUGCUGUUCCGGACGCGACUUGAAGGGCUGAUUCGGCUGGAGCGGCGCUCGGAGGAUGCUGUCUUCUCCAUCUACGACUUUAUCAAUCUUUCCGGCACGCUUGUCUGCAUCCUCUUCACUGCCGCAUGCGGUGUCGAGCACCUUGCAAGGAAUGGAGUGGAGGAACAGCUGAAUCUGUUUGAUGCACUGUGGUUCUCCCUGGUGACCUUUUCCACCGUUGGUUACGGCGACAUCACGCCAGACAAUUCAGCGGGCAGACUCUGGGUGCUUGGAAUGAUCGUGCUGAUUCUGGUGCUGCUGCCGCGAGAGCUUGGCCGUCUGGCGGAGAUUUACAAGCGGAGCCGCAUCACGGGCGGCAGCUACUCCGGACGGAGCAGGACGGGACACGUCGUCUUCUGUGGCGGCCACGUUCACACAGACACCGUCAGAGACUUCCUGUUUGAGUUCUUUGCGGACAAGCAGGAGACGCGGCCGUUUGUGGUGGUGAUGGUCUCUGUUGAGCCGUCACGCGAGCUUCUCGCCCUCCUGAAGCAGCCACGUUGGCGCAACAAGACAAAGCUGUUGCGCGGGAGUGCUUUGCAGACGGAGGACCUGAACCGGGCGCUGAUCCAGACGGCGGACGCCGUGUUCCUCGUCAGCGAACGCCGUGACUUCAGCGCAGAGGAGGCCGAUGCCCGUACCAUCCUCAGGUCCUGGGCUAUCAACGACUUCCAGCCCACGGUGCGGCAGUAUGUGCAGAUUCUGCUGCCGGAGAACACGAUCCACAUUGAGAAAGUGAAUGGCGUUGUGAUCUGCGGCGAAGAGCUACGGCUUGCUCUCCUCUCGUAUUCAUGUACCACCCUCGGCAUCUCAACCCUGGUGACGCAGCUGAUUCACACAACGUUCCACACGGCGCGGCACGCCCAGCUGCGCAACCGCUACGAGCUCAUCUGCCGCACAGAGAGGGACCUCAUGUCCCGCCUCAGCACAGAGGCGACUCCGCCGGCAAUUCAGGAGCGCUGUCGGCAGGAACUGCGGCAGCUGCGGGACCGAAAGUCCGACAUUGUCUUCAUGUACUUUUACGCAAGUUGCACCUCAAACGAGAUUUACGCAAUCAAGCUGAGCGAGAGCAAGUUUCUGAAGCAGUUUAUUGGGCUGCCGUUCAACAAGGCGUGCUACCGCGCCAUGCGCUACGAGAUUACGCUGAUUGGCGUUGCUGUUGGCGCACCAGAAGGGUCGACGCAGACGGAGUCCCGCGGGUUUGGUGUCGGCGAAGUUGUGCUCAAUCCUGGCGCGCAGUUUGAGCUGCAGGAGCAUGACGUUGCGUACUACAUUGCCAAGACGGCUGAGGAGUACAUCCGGGAGGUGACGACGACCAAAGAGGACCCCAUCGAGCGGGACCUGCGCGACCACCUCCGCUCCAUCUCCUCGAACGUGUUUGCCAACGAGCACUCGCGGUACGUCGUGUCGGCCACUGUCUCUGCACGGCGCAUGCAGCGGCAGCGUCGCCCGAGCGUGCUUGAUUCGCAGUUGCGGUCCGGCCACGUCACGUCCACACAGGCGCGCAGUCCGCUGGCGACCAUGUGGAGCGCACAAGCCGGCAACGGGCCCAGGACGACAUCCUCGCCGAGUGGCGGCAGUGGCGGUGGCGGGAAUGGACAUGGAGGGGAAAGGCAGCAGCAGCAGCGACGGCGGCGAAACAGCGAGGGCAUGAGGAGGCGGUCACCGCUUGCAUCGAGCAGCGGACAACAGGCCGUAACUAGAGGCUCUGUCAGGAAGCACAGCUUACAGGUGCCGACAUGGGGUGGUGAUGGUGGCAGCAGCGGCGACAGCCGAGUGAGGAACAAAGAGAGGAACGGGAACAGCAGUGACAGCGGCAGUGCCACCGGUGGCGAGCGUGUGGGCGGGCUGUCGAGACAACAGCAGCAGCUGCUGCUGCACCAUCGCGGCAGUGACGGUGAUGGCGGCGACAGAAGCGGUGCUGGCCGUCGCCCGUCUCAGCUGCGGACGCGGGCGAUGAGCACGAGUGUGCUGUCGACAUCACCGCAGACCAGACGGCGUGGUGGUGGUGGCGGUGGUGGCGGUGGUGGAAGGAGGCAGCGGCCGCGGAAGCUGACGUUUUGGGAGCCGGGCAACGAAAUUGUGGUGAAGUGCGUCCCACGCGACAUCAUGUAUCUUGGGUCUGUGGAGGUGCCGUGCCACCUUCUCGCCCGCCCGCGCAAGUGGCGCUCUCAGCGGCGCAACCCUCUGGACCUUGGGUCGUACUCUGCAGACGAACUGCGGCAGCACAGCGACUACGUGGUGGUGGACAUGACGCUGUCCAACUACAGCAGCAGCGGUGCGGGCGUGUAUCUCUUCCUCUCGCAUCUCCGUGCCGCGCGCUACGUGCAGCUCGAGUGCUUCGAGAUCAAACCCAUCGUCCUCCUCAUGCGGAAGAUGCCGCAUCCGCAGUUUCUUGACUUCAUCUCGCUGUUCCCGCUGGUGUUCUUCUACAUUGGCGGCCUGACGUCCCUGCACGACCCGCGCAUCAAAGUCUGUCUGCAGCGCGCGUACAUUGUGCUGCUGCUCAAGCCGUCCCACAUCACCGGCACGCGCAAGGACACGCACCUCACCGACGCCACCUCCAUCCUCGCUCUCUCCCAAGUCGCCAGACGAUAUCCUGCUGUGAAGAUGAUUGCAGAGUUGGUGCAUCGCAACAACAUGCGCUUCAUGCGCUACCAGGCCAUCCAGCCAACCAAGAAGGGCUUGCACUCAGACAGUCCGUUUGGGUUUCUGCACCGCGGGGCGUAUGCGAGCGGGACGGUGUUCAGUGCAUCCAUGCUUGACACGCUGCUGUACCAGGCGUACAAUAAGAAGGCAUACGACAUUGUCACGGUCAUCAAGCAGAUGCUUGGGGUGCACGUGUUCUCGCCGAGCAACGCCGCCCAUGGGAAGCAGCGGCAGCGUGUCAACGCGCAUUACGGUGUGCUGGCCCAGAUUGUCAUCACCUCCCGUCUGCUUCGUCACAUCGAUGGCCCGCCAAUCUACGACUCGCUCGUCCGCUACCUGCUCAAGGUCUCCACGCUCGCCCAAUCCGCGCCUGUGCCCAUCGAAUCCACGUCCUCAUCUCGUUCAGAGAGCGAGGACGAGCAGGGACAGAUUGACGAGCACGUUGCCGAGGCGAUGGAUGAGGCGCGCGAGCCGCCGUCGCCACCACCAGACCAGCCCGCGUCCGAUGACGAGGAACGCGUCUUUGGAGACCAGCAGACAAGCGCGUACGUCCUCACCAACCCGCCGCUCAACACCCCGAUCAAGGUCGGCGACAUUGUGUAUGUGAUAGCACGGCCAACGGAGUGGGCGCUUGCCCGCACGGCGAACAUCAGCAUCUGCACACCUGGCCAGCUGAGCUAUUCGGAGGUGGUGGCGCCCGUGGUGGCGGAGGAGGGCGUUGAUGGCGAUGGCGCACUGCCACGAGUUGCAUCGGUGAGCAGCACACGCGACCUGGAGCGCCCGCAGCAGGACGCAGACGUGCUGGGGACAGACAACAUCCCGCUGUUUGUGUCGCGUGAGCGGGAGGUACACCCGAGCGAAUACGACCAAGGCGCGGAGGGCACGAUGCAGAUGACGCACGGCGAGGAGGACGUGGAGCGGCGGCGGCAGAGCAUGGGCAGGCUGAUGAUGGGACUGAACAAGUUCGCCCCCGCAGACAACACCGUCUCUCUCGUCUAG